AGUGUUGUCGGAUAUAACUUCCUGUCAUCAAUUCAGUUAAUGUUUUGCUCUUUUAGCACCUAGAAGAAGAAGUUAAUGUUUUAUUUAUUAUCGUAUCAUUUAACUGUUUUUGCAAUAAGUCGAGAGUGGGUUUUAUAUGACAUAUUUUCGUUGACUAUGCGCACCGAAAAGUUGUCAGCUAAUGGUAGUUGCUAUUGUUCGCUAGCUACCGUGUUUGCUUAAGUUGACAGUUGUGAUAAAGACGUGUCCUUAGUUUUUAUGCCGCUCUGUUAGGCUUAACUAUUUGAUGUGACAAAACCCCAUCAGGUGUUCAUUUUUAGCUAGUUGCACCAUGGCCAGUCUGCUUUCAAUGCAAUGCGGUGCCUCCCUGAAGAAAUCUGGAAGUCUAAUUCAUUUACGGACCGCUGCGCUGGGGGUCGAUAGGCGAAGCUACAGCAACAGAAAAGCGCGUUCAAGCGACUAUUUGCACCAAAGUGUGGUGCCAACGAUGCAUUACCAAAAGAGUUUACCCAGGCUACCCAUACCAAAUCUGGAGGAUACUAUCCGGAGGUAUCUAGCUGCUCAGAGGCCUCUGUUGGAUGAUGACCAGUUUAGAACAACAGAGAAAGUUGCACAGGAUUUCCAGAGUGGUGUGGGGAAACAGCUGCAUGAGGAACUGGUGGCUCAGGAUAGAAACAAUAAGCACACAAGCUACAUCUCAGGACCAUGGUUUGAUAUGUACCUGUCUGCACGUGACUCUGUGGUGCUGAACUUCAAUCCCUUCAUAUCCUUCACUCCUGAUCCUAAGAGAGAGUACAACGACCAGCUUGUACGGGCGACCAAUAUGGUGUGUUCAGCAGUGCGCUUCAUGAAGACUCUGCGAGCUGGGUUACUGGAGCCAGAGGUUUUCCAUCUAAACCCAGCAAAGAGUGACACAGACAGCUUCAAGAGGUUCAUCCGUUUGGUCCCAUCCUCUCUGUCUUGGUAUGGAGCCUACAUGGUGAAUGCAUACCCCCUGGACAUGUCUCAGUACUUUCGCCUUUUCAACUCCACUCGGAUUCCCAAGCGUGGGCGAGAUGAGCUCUUCACUGAUGAGAAAGGCCGACAUCUCCUGGUUAUGAGAAAGGGCAACAUGUAUGUGUUUGACAUUGUAGACCGGGAUGGGAACUUGGUGAAGCCUGCAGAGAUUCAGUCCCACUUGAAGUACAUUUUGUCUGACCCAGCACCAGCAGCUGCCUUUCCUCCUGGGGUGCUGACCAGUGAGAACAGGGACGUGUGGGCUGGGCUGAGGGACAAGCUGCUAGCAGCUGGAAAUGCAGAGGUUUUACACAUUGUUGACAGCGCCAUCUUCUGUCUCUGCCUUGACGAGAAAAGCAUGCAGGAUCCUGUUCACAUCUCUUACAACAUGCUCCACGGCGACGGCUGCAACCGGUGGUAUGACAAGUCCUUCAGCCUCAUUCUCACCAAAGACGGACAGGCAUCUGUCAAUUUUGAGCACUCCUGGGGCGACGGAGUAGCUGUACUCCGCUUUCAGAACGAGAUCUUCAAAGACACAACAGAACAGCCACUGGUACACCCGGGCUCUCCUGCUGCUGCUGUGGAUUCAGCCUCUGCUGUGCGCAGACUGCAGUUCAACUUGAACAGCGAGCUGGAGAGUGGCAUCAAAAAAGCCAAGGCAAAUUUUGAUUCAGCUGUGUCAAAACUCACCAUUGAUGUCAUGCAGUUCAGGAAAGGUGGGAAGGAACAGCUGAAGAAGAGCAAGUUGAGUCCAGAUGCUAUAACGCAACUAGCUUUUCAGAUGGCCUUCCUGAGGCAAUAUGGACAGACUGUAGCUACAUACGAGUCCUGUAGCACUGCGGCAUUCAAGCAUGGGCGCACAGAGACCAUCCGAUCAGCUACCAUACACACCAAAAAAUGUUCACACGCCUUUGUGUUCCAGCCAGGGCAGCACAGUGUGGAGCAGCUACGCGCCAUGCUCAGUGAAUGUUCCAAUUAUCAUGGGAAGCUCACCAAGGAAGCAGCUAUGGGCCAAGGUUUUGACCGCCAUCUGUUUGCCCUGCGAUACCUGGCUAACUCAAAGGGCCAGGCUCUGCACAGUCUGUACACUGACCCUGCGUAUGCCGCCAUCAAUCACAACAUCCUCUCUACUAGCACCCUCACGAGUCCAGCUGUGGCCCUUGGCGGGUUUGCCCCAGUGGUGCCUGAUGGGUUUGGUGUUGGCUACGGUGUCCAAGACGACUGGAUCGGCUGCAACGUGUCCAGCUACCCAGCUCGCAACGCCCACGAGUUCCUGGAGUGUGUCCGCAAGUCUUUAGAGGACAUUUUUGCUGUCCUGGAGGGAAAGCCACUCAGUUAAGAAACAAAUGUUUGAUUCACCAAAGUAAAAUAAAAGUUGUUCAUCAUAGAGAAGACGAGUGCAGCCACCCAUCUCAGCUCCUGAUUAAUGGUUCCACACAAAGAAGCAGAAAGUGAGACAAAUAUAUUUUCCAUACCACAGAAUAAUCACAGUGCUUCAGUGUUUUUCAAGAAAUAAAUGGUAAUGGCCACAUAGGUUAGGAUGUUAAGGCAAUUUUUGAAGGGGUUUGCAUAUUAAUCUAGGUAUAAAUAGGUGAUAUAAUUGAUGCAAAAUCAAAAUCUCAUUUCACAAAAAAGUUUAUCUUCAACUGUAGUCACAAGACCUAAAAUUUAAGGCAUAAAAAAGAGAGAGAAAAAAAAAAUCUACUUUAAAUUGUUUUUUUCAGCUAAUUUAAUCCAAUGGCUUUCCGAGUCAUUAUUCACUGAAGUGUGUUACUAAUUUAACAGCUAGACUUUGUGAUGUACCAGUGUGUUAGCUAUGUUACAGUUACUUUAUUGAAAUCAUUUUCAGCCCAGUUUGGAAGUGCUGGUCACAGGAUUAGUCUUUAUAAAUGUAGCUUUGCAAUACAAUAUGCAGUAUGGAGACGAAUACUGUGUCCUGCCAAAAUGCUGUGAAUUUUAACCAGAGAACUUACUGUCAAUGUAACAAUGUGUAUUCAAAUUCUCUUAACUGUUGUCAUUUCAAGCAUUAGUGUAUAUUGUGAAAUAAAACAAUUUAACAUUUGCCCCA